AUGGAGCAAGACCUGAAUCAGCUGGUUCAAGCGAUCAGCAUAGCGAGCGACCCAACACGAGGGACCCUGCAUCAACAAGCUCUAGAGUAUCUCUCUACUGUGCAACAAAAUGUAGCAAAUACUUGGCGUCUGGCUCUGGCUCUGUUCAUAGAGGCUGGUCCGAAUGGUGGGAGGAAACAUCCCAGUCAAGCCCGAUUUUUUGCUCUGCGGAUCCUGGACGAAUUUCUCGAGAAUCGAUACGAACCAUUAGACGAAGAGACAUUCCAGACAUUGCGCCAAUCACUUGUAACUUACAUUCAGUCGGAGUAUCUGUAUGGUCCUGCAGAGGCUGAGGCUUCAUUCUUGCGCAACAAGUUUGCGCAUACGCUCACCCUGUUCUUCCUGUGUACAUACGUCGACCAGUGGCCAACAUUCUUCCUCGAUCUGUUCGCUCUCAUACGUCCUGCCGAGUCGACAUCACAAUCGACCUUCAACAAACACGUAUCUCUGCUUUUCUUUCACAUCGUCCUGGAAAUUUCCGGAGAGGUCGCAGAUCAGCUAAUAAAGGCCGCGAGGCACCAUUUGCCAGCGCGCCACGCACGAGACGGACGCGUUCGUGACGCUGUACGGGAACGGGACGCAGGUCGCAUCAACGAAGCGGUUCUUACCAUCGUUGCCGAUGGCUCGGAACGCAUGGCGCGAUUACGGAAGGGCGACCUUCCCGCUUCUAAUGAGGAAUUAGAUGGGGCCAUAGAGGUCGUAGACUGGGGUGUCAGGACAUUCGCGUCUUACGCAGGUUGGAUCGACAUCAACCUGACUGUCACGCCUACAACUGUUCCGCUCCUUUUCACACUACUGUCCGAUCAUUCCCUUGCCAUCCGCCUCGCGACUUGCUCCGCGCUUACCAAAAUCGUCGCAAAGGGUCUCAAAGAGCCCGGGGACAAGCUGCAGCUCAUCAAGGUCUUGUCCCUGGGACAGGUCCUCGAUGCGCUUGAGGCGAAAACAAGGGUCGCCCAGGGCGCCCGCGGCUCUGAUGUCGAUGAGGGAGAGGAGUCCUACCGUGAGGCACUCGGCAAACUACUCAACAUUCUCGGGCUGGAACUGUGCAAACUCGUUGAGGAAUGUCCUGGGAGUGAGAUCCACUCAGAGGCCUCAGAAUUGCUGCAACAGAUUCUCCCUGUCAUGCUGCGGUUCAUGGCGGAUGAGUAUGACGAUACGUGCUCAACGGUCUUCCCCCUUCUUCAAACUAUUCUCACGAGCCACAAGCGGUCGCGAAAAACGUCGACAGAACCCCUUGAGGAAUCAAAACGAACGUUCCUCACCUCUCUACUCCGGGUCGUCCUGGAGAAGCUCAAGUGGGAAGAGGAUUCCGACCCAGAAGAUAUGGAGGAAGACGAUAAGGCUGCGUUCGAGAGCUUGCGAAAAGAACUGCGUACCUUCAUGGACUCUACGUUUGUCAUAGACCAGUCACUGGUCAUGGACGCGCUGAGAACACUGGUCAUUAACACCUUGACGGCCUACGGCAGUGGCGCCCCUGUAAAAUGGAAUGAUGCAGAGCUGGCCGUGUACCUAGUGUACAGCUUUGGUGAGAUCAACAAAAGUGGCACCAAAGGGCGCGCAGCGUUCUGCCAUGCGCCCGCUGUGAUUAGGGAGAAGCGAAAAGAGACAGACUAUUCAGAAUACCAACUGACGAGUCACGGCGAGAUGCUCUACGCCCUCGUGCAAUCGGGUGUUGCAAACUAUCCGAACAAAACUGUCGUUAUGCAGUUCUUCGAGACUGCCGCUCGUUAUGGCGACUUCUUCAAAGUCCGAAAAGAUUGUAUUAUGCCCACGCUGCAGGCUAUGAUGGAUGCUCGCGGUCUGCACAACCCCGAGUCCCACCUGCGUUCACGCGUCUUCUACUUGUUCCACCGCUUUAUCAAGGAGGACCGAAACGAGAUACCACCUGACCUUGCCGUGUCUCUGUUCGAGGGCAUGCGUGAUCUGCUGUCCAUCCAGGUCGAGCUCCCGGAACUCGAGAACCCGGAAACGCAGGAUAUGCUCAUCGAGGCGAUCAACAACCCGGGCAUCUUCGACUCCCAGCUUUACCUCUUUGAGACUGCAGGAACACUUGUAUCACUGCUAUACAAGACGCCGAACCAGGCAGCGACGCUAUUACUGUCCAUUGUGCGGCCGCUGCUCGAUGAGCUCUCUGCCAGCUUGCAGGCGGUCAAGGGUGUGGAGGACGUGGUGCCCAUACUAAAGGUUCAUCAUAUCAUUAUGGCACUGGGAAACGUUGCCAAAGGAUUUCCAGAUUAUCCUUCUCCGGUACCUGAGGGAUAUAUCUUACCGCCAUUACAUGUCUUCAGCGAGGUCGCGCAGGCGAUUCUGGUAUCAUUGGAAGCGAUGAACGUCUUCAAAGUCGUGAGAGAUGCGACUCGAUUCGCAUUCGCUCGGAUUCUUGCCACGACUGGCCCGAACGUCACGCAGCUCAUACCUCCGCUGAUGGCAAAUCUGCUCGCCCACUUCGAACCCUCCGAGUUGACCGACUUCAUGAACUUCAUCGGCUUGCUGAUCCACAAGCUCCAGGGGGACAUGUUCGAUGUACUCGAUCAAUUGAUCGGGCCACUUAGUAUCCACAUCAACGGCUUGUUGGCUCAGCCAGUCUCCGGGACUGAUGACCAGCAAACGCAUACCGACAUUAAGCGUGCUUACCUCGCCUUGCUGAAUAAUGUUGUGGCUUCGAAACUUCAUGGUAUUUUCACGUCAGAACGAAACAAGGGCCAGCUAGAGGGCCUCCUGGCUAGCAUGGUACAGCUCGCAGAAGACGGUUCUGACCCAACCAGCCAAAAGACCGUGUUCACAUUCUUAGGGCGCUGCGUCUCGGUCUGGGCGCAGCCAAUCACAGAUGCGGCGUCGCAAGCACAAGCCUUGCCUGGAUUCGAACGCUUCGUCUAUGAGCGCUUGAUUCCAGCUGCCUUCGCACUUUUCUCAUCGCCUCAGUUCAACAUCGCAGACGGCCAGACUGUCAUGGUUGUUCACGAAAUCUGCAACUUCUUUCAGACAGUCAUGAAGACCCGCGGUCAAGAAACCUUGGACUUCUUCAUCUCUGUCUUCUUACCUGCUCAGGGCUGGCCCCCCGAGGCCGCGCUUGAAUUUACGACGAAAAUGAGGGACCUCGACGCCAAAGGCUUCCGGAAAUACUUCGUUGAUUUCAUCCGCGCCUCUCGUGCGGGCUCAUAG